CGGUCGAGGCCGGCAAACUGGACGUAAAGAUUCGGGGCUCGGCAGAUCAUCGCCGACGAUCGCAGAACAUGUAAAUGAUCGCGAAGCUCGGUUUCGACGCGUACCGGGUUGGACUCCAAUCACCGUCGGAUUGCCCAAUAUUCUCGCGUUUAUUGCAUUGGUUGUACAGACGCGGGUCUCUUGUCUUUCUGGUUGAGGAACGAGCAAAAGCGCUUGCCUACGCCAAUGUGCAAGUUUGUGAAAGUUUCCCGUGGGUUUCAGUUCACCAAGGAUAAACUCAAUCAGCUGCACCUGUGGUACCUAACACUUGAUUUCAAACUGGCGUUUCAGUGUCAAUCGUUGGUCAGCGACGGAUACAUCCUACCCGGGGAAAUGAUUGAAAUGCGCAGAACAAUCGAGAGGCUCGUCGAUAUCAAAGGAUCCAAGGUCACCACGCCCAUCGUCGAAAGCCUCAAAACACUGAUCCCGGAUCGAAAUCCGGAAACUUCACGCGACCUGUCGAUGGGCGUUAAGGAAAUCGAAGAGGCAUUGAGGCGCGCCGAAGAGAACGACUAUACGGAGAUGAGUCUUCGGCUCAGUAGAUUCGCGAAAUGGGCUAACGAUCGAAGUAUUGCGGUUCAUCAUGUCCAUAUCACGCCGUCGGGGAUGUACCUCAAUGGUCCAUGGUUGGAUCACGGAAAUCGGAUCACUAGGCUUUACAGUGGUUACGAAGACCACUUCCUCAGAGUCGGCUUUACGGAGGAGGAUUUUGCUAAGGUCGGUUAUAACAAGGGCGUGGAUCCCUAUCCGAUUCUGCAGACGAGGUUCAAGGAGGAUGUACUACGGAGGGGUAUCAGGGUCGCCGGACGGAUGUUUGAGUUCUUGGCGUAUUCGUCUUCUGGACUACGUGAACUCUCGUGCUGGUUUAUCAACCCUUUCGCGUUGAAUGAUAGGUGGAUCGAUGGUGACUUGGUCCGGAGUGAGAUCGGAGAGUUGGAGACUAUCACCAACGCCCCGCGUUAUGCUGCGCGUAUGGGUCAAGCGUUUACUUCGACCAUUCUUUCACUACCGAUACAGCGGUACGAAAUCACAGUUAUUCCGGACGUUGAGAGGUGUGGACGGGUGUUUACUGACGGUGUUGGCAAGAUUUCAUGGGAGCUGGUGAAGGAACUGCAUGCAAUUGCGCAUAAACAGAUGAACCCUUCACCAUCUCUCUUUCAGAUCCGCAUGGCUGGUGCGAAGGGUAUUUUAGCCCUCGAUUCUACCCUGCCGGGACGGAAGAUUUGUUUGAGGAAGUCGAUGAUCAAGUUCAUUGCGAAGCCGGAUGCGGAGUGUACGCUAGAAAUCGCUGGACAAGCGGAUCAUGCGAUGAAAUUCUAUCUCAACCGACAGCUGAUCACGCUACUGGAGACGUUAGGCGUGCCGUGCUGGAACUUCCUCGCGCUGCAGGAUCGUGUACUCGAGGAAUUGAAAUCGUCAUGGGCGGAUACAAUGCAAGCUGUCUCGUUAUAUCAUCAUUACGGAGUAGCAGGAGAGUCGAGACUGGAUAUGACCUUGAAAAUAUUGCACCAGUUGGGCGUUAAGAACCAAUUGCGAGACGCGCAGUUCCUGAAUGAUUGUCAUACGGUCGCUAUUCACCAUAUCCUUCGACAGCUUAAAUACCACGGACGCGUCCUGGUUCCGGAUUCAUGGACGUUGUAUGGUACCAUUGACGAGACGGAUACGCUCGGCGAGGAAGAAAUCUAUAUUUGUCUCCGAGAUGGGGAGAACACGACGUAUGUCGAAGGCAAGGUGUUGGUGGCAAGAUCCCCUGCUAUCGCACCCGGUGAUGUACGUUUCGCUACUUGCAUCGGGAAGCCACCGGCGGGGUCCCCGCUUGAAGCUUUACAUAACUGUGUUGUGUUUUCGCAGAAGGGAUUCCGUGAUAUGCCAUCGAUGCUGGCUGGAGGCGAUUUGGAUGGGGAUCACUACCACGUUACCAAGUACCGCGAGAUCUUUCCCAAAGAGGAAAUAAUGGUUGCACCCGCCGAUUAUCCCCCUGUGAUGUUGAAAGAGCUGGGAAGGAAGUGCACCAUCAACGACGUCACAGACUUCUUUGUGCGAUUCAUGCAGGAGGACAAAAUCGGUGGAAUCGCGACGGCGCACCUGAUCCACGCUGAUCGCAGUCCAGAGGGAGCGAAGGAUGAGAUUUGCGUACAACUGGCAGAAUGCCACUCCGUUGCGGUCGAUUUCUUCAAGAGUGGUAACCCGGUCCGGGACAUCCCACCCGUCAACACCCGUAUCAAACCAGAUUUCAUGAUGCAAGAAUACCGAUUACAAACCAAAAAAGCCGACAGACGUCGUGCGAGAAUGGGACGCGAUCGGAUCCGGUUCGUGCAGAGUGAGAAGACGCUGGGGAGGAUGUUCCGACGAAUCGAUAUUGCAUUUGGAGGCUUUGCAGGUCGAAGAACCUGCCGUGGAAGACCCGUGGAGGAUGUUGGAGACGGAUCCGAUUUGGGGAAUGAUUGCGUCGAUGUUGGAGGAGGGUGGGAAUGAGUGGAGGACGUAUGAGAAGGAGGUUGAAGGGGUGUUGUUUGAGUACUACAAUGAGGUUGAUCUUAUCUCGCGGGUGAUGUCGCCGUUGACGCGGGAUUCGCCCUUGUCGGAAGAAGAGAUCUUUAUGGGUGUUGUCGUGGCGUACAUCCCCAACUUUCACGGGCGGCGACACAGGGAGUUCAGGCAAUCUAUCAAGAUGGCGUACGGGUUGUUGGUGAGCAGGUUAUUGGGGGCGAUCGAAGGGGUGGAUGACGGAAG